UCGGUAAACAGAGGAUCCCGACUUCCCACCACUUAUCCGUCGUCGCCUUCCUCGUACAAAAAAACAGAAUUUCUCAAUCUUAAUUGCUAGGGUUUCUCUUUAUAUCCCUCUCUGCCUUUGUGCAUACGCUUCCCACCGACUUCCUUUUAAUCUGUACUGAUAUCAUAAUUGAGAGUAAUUUUUUUUAUUUUCGAUUGCCGAUUCCGGAUUUUCUUGUUGCUACAGUUAAAUUCUUGCGACUCUGAUCGGUAAAAGGAUGCCACCGAGAUCGACGAAGAAAACUCCGCCGGGGCCGGGGAGCAAGAGAGCACUGCGGGGACGAGCGACUGCGGCGGCGGAGAAUGCUCAGGCACAGGCCGUGCCCGAGGAACCAAUUGUGAAAAUGGAGGAGAUUUCCGGAAGAGAGAUGGAGCAGAAGGCAAGCGCUGAGGAUAAAGUUGCUCUAGAGACCGUACUGACCUCUGUGAAGAAGGAUGGAGAUCCUAAAGAGUCCAUAGAUGAGUAUGAGAAAGAUGAGCGGUUAGACUUGGAGGAUAAUGAUCCUGAAUAUGAACCUGAAGAGUACUGUGGUGUUGAUUACGAUGACAAGGAAAUUGAGCCAGACACUCAUGAAUAUGUAGGUGAAUUGGAGGAAGACGAUCCUGAAGAAUUGGAUGUUGGUAAAGAAGAUGGUGAUGUGGUCGAGGAGGAGUUUGAUAGUAUCCAUGAAGAGAUUGAAAAUGAGGAAGAUUAUGAGCAUGUAGGGCAGGAGCAAUCUGAGAUGGGUUAUGCUGAGGAAGAAGAACAUCACGAAGUAUUCAAAGAGAGACGUAAGCGGAAGGAAUUUGAAAUUUUCGUUGGUGGAUUGGAUAAGAAUGCUACUGAGGCUGACCUCAGGGAAGUUUUCAGUAAAGUUGGUGAGGUUACUGAAGUCAGACUUAUGAUGAAUCCACAAACACAGAAGAAUAAAGGUUUUGCAUUCUUGCGUUUUGCAACGGUGGAACAAGCAAGACGAGCUUGUGUUGGUCUGAAAAAUCCAGUGGUUUGUGGCAAGCAGUGUGGUGUGACACCAAGCCAAGACAAUGAUACCCUGUUUUUAGGUAACAUAUGCAGGACAUGGACAAAGGAAGCUUUGAAAGAGAGGUUAAAGCAUUACGGCCUUGAAAAUGUUGAGGAUUUGACACUGGUUGAAGAUAGUAACAAUGUAGGGAUGAAUCGGGGUUUUGCCUUCUUAGAGUUCUCCACGAGAUCUGAUGCUAUGGAUGCUUUUAAGCGUCUUCAGAAGAGGGAUGUUUCGUUUGGAGUGGAUAGGCCAGCUAAGGUUUCCUUUGCAGAUUCUUUCAUUGACCCUGGUGAUGAGAUCAUGGCCCAGGUUAAAACUGUGUUUGUGGAUGGUCUUUCUGCUUCUUGGGAUGAGGAACAUGUCAAGGAACUUCUCAAAAAAUAUGGAGAGAUUGAGAAAGUUGAGCUUUCCCGUAAUAUGCCAUCUGCCAGGAGAAAGGAUUUUGGUUUUGUCACAUUUGAUACCCAUGAUGCAGCAGUAACUUGUGCUAAAAGCAUCAACAAUGAGGAAUUGGGUGAAGGUGCAAGCAAGGCUAAAGUCAGGGCCAGAUUAUCGAGACCUCUUCAGAGAGGCAAAGGAAAACAUGUUGCCAGAGGAGAUUUCCGGCCUGGGCGUGGGUCAGUUCGAAGGGCUAGGAGUCCUUGGAGCCGCCCAUUACCACGUGCCAUCCCUGUUCGUGCCCCCAGAAUUUCUCCUCGUCUUCCUCCUGUCGUCGACCGUAGUUUCAGAAGGCCUGUUACCGUGCGAGAGAGGAGACUGGUCAUGGAUGUUCCUCAAAGGGCCAGGCCUGCUGCUCCCUUGCCAAGGUCCUAUGAUAGGAGGCCACCUGUUCCAUCAUACCCCAAGAGUGGUUUGAAGAGGGAUUACGGUCACAGGGAGGAGCUUAGCUCCAGAAGUAGGAUUGCUGCUAUAGAUUAUAAUUCAAGAGCAACUUCAGAUAGACACGCUCCCUACAGAGAUGAUUAUCCUCCUCGUCCAUCUGGCUACCCUGAUAUGCCUAGAGGUGGUGCAGCGAGAUCUAUUGGAAGAAGACCUUAUGUUGAUGAUGGGUAUAAUGAAAGAUUUGAAAGGGCACCUCCAUCUUACCAUGAGGCACGUGAGCGUGAGUAUGAUUCUAUGUCUGGGUCCAAACGCCCAUAUACUUCAGUGGAUGAUGUUCCUCCCCGAUAUGCUGAGGCCGGAAUGCGCCACUCUCGUGCUCGUUUGGACUAUGAUCUUGGUAGCAGUGCUUCCCGCUACACCGAUGCUUACAGUGACAGUAGGCUUGGAAGGUCAGAUAUGGGAUAUGGGGGAAGUCGAAGCUCUAUGUCUAGUCAAGAAUCUCAUGGGCUAUACAGUAGUCGUCAGGGUAUGGGUUACAGUGGAGGUCCUUAUGGUGGCAGUGAUGUUGGUCGUAUGUACUCGUCAAACUUUGGUGGGGAUUACAUGUCACGAGGAAGUGAUGUUGGUGGCAGCUCUUACUCGUCUGUCUAUCCCGGACGUGGUAUGGGUGGUAGCAGCUACAUGGGAAAUAGCGGGUCUGGAUCAUACUAUUAGGGCAUGCAACCAGGUUUUUCAUGUUUUCCGGUUACAUGCAUGCAUAUUGAUAUCUUUUUUGUAUUCCAUGCUAUUUUGCUGAUUAAUUAGAUGGUUCCGCUAAGGCUAUAGAAGGCUGUGGUAUUCUAAUUGUGGGUUGCUUCUAGUAUCUUAAUGCUACCUGAAGCUAUAGUAUAUGCGUCAUCUUGCCUAAGUACUGCACUUGAGAGAAUUGGAGCGACGUGAUUACCCUUAACUUGUGUAUGGCAGUGAGUGGAAUUAAGAGGAUGCAGCUGUAGGAUGUGGAUGGUCUGAAGUUGUAAAUGGAAUUAAGAGGAUGCAGCUGUAGGAUGUGGGAUGGUCUAAAGUUUGAAAUCAGUCCUCACCAUCAAGUUGAAGCAUUCUUUUUGGACAUGAAAAAACCUCCAUGGCUUUGAAGGGAGACUCAAGUACAGUGUUCAGAGCAAUUAGGUGCUCUGGACCUCCUUUAAGACCUGGUUUGGAUUUGUGUGAUCCUGUUUAUUGUAUGUAUGUAAGGACUCAGAACCAUAAGGAGACAUCUUCAGCAUGUCAUAAUAUAUAGUAAUAAUGUGCUUUCCAACUGUCUCCGUAUUGUUUCAUAUGAAGAAAUGGAAAGAAACUUUCUCUGUUCUGUGGGCGUAGAAUUUGGACAAAAGCAUAGAGGUCGGGUGCUUGUAGUAAUUGAUUGUUGCAUUUUCUGUUACUAAGCUCAAGUUCCUGAAAGAGUAAAGGUGGUGUUAUGCUUACACAGCAGUUCCAUGGUAUUCUUUUAAUUUUCUUAUAUUUGGAGGGUCAGCAGAUAAUGGAAAUGGCGAUUGGUGAAGUGUUUUGGGAAAUGAGAUAAGAGAUGUGAAACAUUGGGGCUGCAUUAUGUUGCAAUAUUCAGAAAGGAGGGUUGAGUAGGCAUUGUUAUGAGUAUGAUAAGAUUGCCUUAUGGAUAUGGUAAAAUUAUGAAACAGGGAUGUGGUUUGAAGUCUGUCAAAUUUUCCAUUUCAUGAAAUGUUUCAAGUUAAAUUUGCAUAUCCUCAGGAGAAGUUAUCCUGGAAAAAUUUGGUAGAGAUCAAUUGAUCGAAUGGCAAUUUAGCCACGAUGCAAUGAACUAUACUUAGUGUUGUAGGAGUGAAUUGAUAUCGUUUGGUAUUGAAUUGUUUUGGCCUCUGUUUACUUGUUGGCAAACUAUACUUAUCUGGUAACUUGAUGAAAAGAAUGUGGUUGGCAUCCUUCAAGUGCCAGCAGCUCAAUCGUAGUACUUGGUUUGUUUGGUAGACGACUUUAUAACUAACAAUUGCAUUUCUUCUUAGCCUUUCCCUUGCGACUAAUAUAAUCCCCAAUGGAAUGAGUUGAGAUGUAUGGAUGGAUGUCUUACAGUUGAAUUAUUGUUGUGUUUUCCUGAUAGAUUGUCAAUUGCUGUUUUCUAAUGAUUUGCAUAUGACACCAGUUACUGACAUGUUUUUUGUGUUAAAAGUCAUUAUAUAUCCCUUGUACUGCAUUAGAUGCAAAAACCAGAUUGUAACGCGAGCAGCACUGGAUUCGGGAGCUCUUGAUAUAGCUGAACCCAGUCUCUUGGUGUAUUUUGCAGUUUUGUUUUCAUGUAACAAAUUACGAUAGAAUGUAAAUUUGUGGUUGAAUGAUUCCUAUUAUCAAUAGCAGUUAUUUGGUGCUUGAUAAA